AUGUCGCCCAAGACCCCACCCAGUGGCUCUGGUCAGCAGUAUAUCAUGCCUACUGACCAGGCUUAUGCCCGCUACAAAUGGCGCGUCCCUCCAACCUACCCUCCUGGCUCGAGCAUCAAAGAAGUGGGCCGCGAUGAGCAGCAGAGGUGGGCUCUCCAUCUGGAGGGGUCUCCUGCCCUCUACAUUUCUUCAGAGAGUGGAUUUCUGGUUCUUGCGUUCGAGUCGUUCGUUCUGGGGAACGGUGAGAAGAAGGUCGAGGUUGAAACAGAUACUCGUAUUCCUUCGUCUGCCAUCUUCACCUUUAACAAGGAAGAUCAUACUCUGGGUAACCUUAUUCGCUCCCGUCUCCUCCAGAGUUCUCACGUCCUCUUUGCCGGUUACAAGGUGCCGCAUCCCUUGGUCCCUAAGUUUGAGCUCCGCGUCCAGACUGAUGGCGAGAUCACCCCGAAGGAGGCGGUAAUCACCGCCUGCCAUGAGCUGGUCAAGGACCUCGGUAUCUUCUCGCGUGAAUUCACCAAGGAAUACGAGCUGCGCAAGAUGGUGGGUACCAGUCAGGGACAGAACGGCGCCCCGGAUGGCAUCUGAGUUUCUGGGAGCUUUGUUAAUCACCAAGUACUCAUAACGAUACGGGGUUCUUGCUUCUUGCAUGUAUUUCUCACGGGGUGAUUUGAUCCGGCGUCUUCGCUUGUCUUCAUUCAGCUUUAAUCCUUGCGGUGGCCUCGUUGGAUCUAAGCCUUGUCAUCACCUCUUCUGGCGCUCUCGUGGCGUUUCUGGCUGAGGAAACCGAUCCGGAGACAGAGGACGAGUCAAGCCACUCUGGGAGCUGCUUGUUUUUUACACAUUAGGCCAGACUACUCACCACCCCUACGUUCUAUGGGGUUGAUAAUAUGGGAGAUCCAGGCCAUGUAUGGUUGCUACAAGCAGAUAGAGUACAGCUAGAUACCUUUGCAGAUAAGACAUGCUUCUUGAUAAUUAUAAUUAUCGCAUGGUUAAAUUCCGCGAA